AUGUCGUCGCCGGCGCUGCAAAGUUUCCUUGCGCCUGCACUCGUCGGCACAUGGGCGAACUCGCUGGCGUACAUGCUCGAGCUGGUGUUGGCGUGGCGGUAUUACACGGGCAGGCGGCAUCACACCCGUCCGUCGAACAAAGGCCUCGCGCCAUGGAUUGUUGCAUUGCAGCUGGUCGUAGACACCAUGGGCACUGUCUUCAGCUGGGCCGCUGCCUAUCUGGUACUGAUAGUCCACUGGGGCGACGUCGCGUAUCUGGCAAACAACCCAUGGCCGCUACCUCUCUAUGUUAUUUCUACCGGCCUCAGUGGGUAUAUCGAGCAGUUAUAUCUUAUCCGCCGCUAUGGAGCGUUAUCCAAGAACUACUUCAUCUGCGCCGUUUUGGCACUCGGCGCCACCACUUCGAUGGGAGCGGCAAUUGGUGUUGGAGUCGUCACAUUUAUCCACCCUUCAAUCACCGACCGCAAAAUCGUGGUCCCCGUUACGUUACUCUGGUUCAUCAGCUCAGCGGUCGCCGACGCCGCCAUCGCCUGUGCACUCGUCUUUCAACUGAUUAAAUACCAGUCUCCGUUCAAGCAGACCCAGCAUGUCGUGCGGCGGCUGAUCGUCUCCUCGGUCCAAACGGGGUCAGUCACGGGGCUCUUCACGACGCUGGCAUUGGUCGGCUUCGUGGCGUGGCCAGACACGGCGAUUACCCUCGCGUUUGGCUUCUUCCUCGGCCGCGUGUACGGCUGCACGCUGUUGUACAACCUCGUCUCCGUCCGCCGGGCGCGCGACGGGGGCGACACCACAGACCUUUCGGACGAGCGAAUAUCAGGCUCACGGUCGCGUGGACGCGAAGCCCGCGAAAGGGCGACAGCGCUGGACACGUUUGGCGGGAUACAUGUGCACCAGAUUGUGCAGGUCACGAAAGACACCGAAAUCAGUCCAACCAAGGACGAUGGCGAUGAUAUUAGCACCCGGGAUCAUAAGCACCCCGCCAUGGGGAGAGAGCUUUGA